GUCAGCAGCCAGACAGCAACAUGAUCGUAGUAGCGCUCUUACUCGUGGGGGUGGUGGCCCUGUACCUGUACGGGACCCGCAACCAUAACUACUGGAAGGAAAGAGGAGUCAAACAUGACCAACCGAUCCCAAUCUUCGGGACCGAUGCAAAACGGUACCUCCUCCAAAGCAGUAUCGCACAGAGGGCAGCUGACACAUACUGGAAGUAUCCUACGGAGAGGUUCGUGGGCUACUUCCGAGGCUCUAUCCCUGAACUGGUGAUCCGCGACCCCGACUUGGUGAAACGCAUCAUCACCACUGACUUCUCCUACUUCUACUCCCGCGGCUUGUCGCCAGCGCACAAAGUGAUUGAGCCUCUACUGCGCAACCUGUUCUUUGCGGACGGCGACCUCUGGCGGCUGCUCCGGCAGCGCAUGACGCCUGCGUUCACGAGUGGCAAACUGAAGGCGAUGUUUCCUCUAAUCGUGGAGCGAGCUGAGAAGCUACAGGCGCGCCUCCUCGACACCGCCGCCGCCGGCCGCCCGAUCGAUGCUCGCGAGCUCAUGGCGCGCUACACCACCGACUUCAUCGGUGCUUGCGGCUUUGGACUUGAUGCCGAUUCACUUAACGAUGACUCUUCACCCUUCAGGAAACUCGGCAUGAAGAUUUUUAAAAUAGACUUAAAGCGCUGCAUUGUCAUAUUCUGCAAAACAAUUUUCCCUGACGUGUUUAAGUCACUUAAGUUUUUGGGACAGGAACUCGAAGAUGACAUUCUGAGCCUCGUAAAUCAAAUUCAAAAACAAAGAAAUUAUAAACCAUCCGGUCGAAACGACUUCAUAGAUUUCUUGAUGGAAUGGCAACAAAGAGGAAAAAUCUUGGUGGAAUCUCUCGAGGAAAUGAACCCAGACGGCACACCAAAAUCUGUGGAACUCGAGAUGGAUGAUGUUCUGGUGGCAGCGCAAGCUUUCAUCUUCUUCGCUGCUGGCUUUGAGACUUCCUCGUCGGCGACGAGCUUCACACUGCACCAACUCGCAUAUCACCCAGAAGUGCAGAAGAAAGCGCAGGCCGACAUCGACCGAGUGCUCGCCAAGCACAACAACCGCCUCAGCUACGACGCGGUCAAGGAGAUGACGUACCUGGACUGGGUGCUGCAGGAAGGCAUGCGCAUCUUCCCAUCGUCAGGCAUGUUGUUGCGGCAGUGCGUCCGGCCUUACACCAUCCCAGGGACCGACAUCACCAUCGACAAGGGUGUCAAGAUCAACAUCCCACUGGUGGCUCUGCACAACGACCCCCUAUACUUCGACAACCCUAAAGAGUUCCGCCCGGAACGCUUCGCCCCGGAGGAAGUGGCCAAGAGACACAAGUUCGUGUACCUCCCGUUCGGAGAUGGACCUCGCUCUUGCAUCGGAGGUCGCCUGGGUCAAAUGCAGUCGCUGGCGGGUCUGGCGGCAGUGCUGGCCAAGUUCUCGGUGUCGCCGGCGCCGGAGACCAAGCGCGAGCUGGUGUCCGACCCCACCUCCAGCAUCGUGCAGAACAUAAUAGGCGGCAUCCCGCUCAUGUUCCACGCGCGCCACGCACCGCCCGCGUAGCUGCGUUAGCCUGCGCCUAGUCUAGUUAAUAAGCACUAGUUUGUAUUGCGACUGAAACUAUUUAUUUAUUUUGUUUAGCAAUAAGGACGUUUUGUUAACUUUAAGUUUGGUACUCUCCUAUGUUCGAGUAACGAUCGCAAAUUGGUAUUGACAUACAUAGCAGUAGAACGAUGGUAGAAACUGGCAGGAGAGUGUGACGACAGAUCUAACGGAGGAGUGCUGAGGCCGAGCAGCGCACUCUAUACUGACUUUGUGUAUGUCGGGGCACAAGUUGAACGUAGGAGUAAAUUAUUGUAGCUGUGAUACCAGUGUGUAGGUAUGUGUAGACUACUUGUUUUGUUAUUGUUAAUAGAUUUCUAAGAUAAUUUAAUUGUUCU